AUGGUGUUGAUGAAAGAUGAAAUGGCACUUCGGCAUCAAACCACGUGGACUGGUAGAAAAACUGAUGGUCUUGUUGAUUUUGGUAUUGAUUUUAGUCCCAAUAUCGAAAUCGCAAUACAAGUGUACGUUUUCCUUUUAGUGGGUUUAAAUGAAAGCUGGAAGAUGCCAGCAGGCUAUUUUUUUAUAAAAACUAUUUCAGCUGAAACACGAGCAAAUUUAAUCAGUACUUGCAUAAGUAAAUGCUACGAUUCAGGUGUUGAUGUGGUGGCGGUUACUUUUGACGGUUGUCCAAGUAACUUAGCUGCAGCUAAUCUCUUAGGCUGUAAUUUAAAUACCCCAAAUAAUUUAAAAACAACAUUUUUACAUGCUGAGUGUAGUAUCGAAGUUGCUGUAGUUUUAGACCCCUGCCAUAUGAUCAAACUAGUUCGCAACACCUUCGAGCCAAAAAAAACACCACCAAAAAAAAAUCAUAUUCGGGAAUGA